UAGACUGGCAUCCUUCUGCCAAACUCCACUCAAGAUGGGGUUUGGUAGGGGGAUAUGGCUACCAGAAUGGGCUUUCCUUUUAGCACUUUGCUGUACCCACCAGAUAGUUUCAUCUGAGGUGAAAAUCAUCCAGCAGACGACAAAUCCAGUGAUAACACCUUCCAACCCUGCUCACAAUGGCCGUGUAUGCAGUACAUGGGGCAACUUCCACUUCAAGACUUUUGAUGGAGACAUUUUCUACUACCCUGGGCUCUGUAAUUAUGUUUUUGCAUCUCACUGCAAUGCUCCCUAUGAAGAGUUCAACAUCCAGAUUAGGCGUACACUGGUGGAAAAUGUUCCGAUAAUCCACCGCAUUGCCAUAAAACUUGAAGGUAUAGCUGUUGAGCUAACAAAGGAUGUUGUCUUGAUCAACAGCAACAGAGUUCAACUGCCAUACAGUCAAGCUGGAAUUACCAUAGAGAGAAGCAGCAUUUAUGUGAAAGUUAUCAGCAAAGCAGAUAUUGUAUUUAUGUGGAACCAACAUGACAGUAUCUUGUUGGAACUACAUGAGAAAUAUGCCAAUCAGACCUGUGGUCUCUGUGGGGACUUCAAUGGAAUUCCAGUUUACAAUGAGUUCUAUUCAAACAAUAUCAGAAUGACAGCCUUACAGUUUGGGAAUAUGCAAAAAAUGGAUGGGCCAACAGAGUACUGUGAAGACCCUACUCCUUCCCCACAAGAUAGUUGCACAUAUGACUUUGAUGACAUAUGUCAGAAAACAUUGACCAGCUUUGCAUUUUCGGACUGUAAUGCCCUAGUCAAUGUUACUGACUACAUUCUGGCUUGCCAAGAAGACUUGUGCCGCUCUGAAGAGUCCAAAAACAGCUCAUGUAUCUGUGAUACUUUUGCUGAGUACUCCCGGCAGUGUGCUCAUGCUGGUGGGGAACCUCUGAACUGGAGAACCUCAAAACUGUGCCCCAAGAAAUGUCCGUACAACAUGCAGUAUUCAGAGUGCAGCUCCCCCUGCGCUGACACAUGCACUAAUCCUGAACGAUCUCAGUUUUGUGAAGAGCACUGUAUGGAUGGUUGUUUCUGCCCCCAAGGAACCGUUUUUGAUGACAUAAACAAUUCUGGCUGCAUCUCCCGUCAGCAGUGCUCCUGUAUUUACAAUGGCAACACUUAUGCUCCAGGAACUUCUUUCUCAGAGCAGUGCCAUUCCUGUACAUGUAAUGGAGGCAAAUGGAUUUGUGAAGACAUGUCAUGUCCAGGAACAUGUUCCGUAGAGGGAGGCUCACACAUUUCUACAUAUGAUAAAAAGCAUUAUGAUGUCUAUGGAGACUGCACUUAUGUCCUUUCUAAGCACUCUGAAGAUGAAAUAUUCACCAUCCUGGCAGAACUUCGCAAAUGUGGCCUGACAAACACUGAAACAUGCUUAAAGACAGUGACCCUCAGCUUGAAUAAAGGACAAACGCUCAUUGAGGUCAAAACUGAUGGUAGUGUGUUUGUGAACUCGAUCUACACCCAGCUACCAAUCUCAGCAGCCAAUGUCACUAUCUUUAAACCUUCAUCAUUCUUCGUCAUCAUACACACAAAUAUUGGUAUCCAGGUUGAACUCCAGAUCACACCCAUCAUGCAGGUGUUUGUGCGAUUAGACCCUGUAUUCAAAGGCCAGACUUGUGGUCUUUGUGGAAAUUUCAAUAAUGUUCAAACUGAUGACUUUAAGGCCAUAAGUGGAGUAAUUGAGGGAACAGCAGCAGCAUUUGCUAAUACAUGGAAAACUCAGGCUUCUUGCCCUGAUAUCCAGAGCAGUUUUGAGAACCCUUGUGCACUCAGCAUCGAUAAUGAAAAAUAUGCUCAGCACUGGUGUGGACUACUAACUAACAGUGACGGACCUUUUGCUGCUUGUCAUUAUCUACUGAAUCCCUCUACUUACUACACGAACUGCAUGUUUGACACAUGUAACUGUCAAAACAGUGAGGGCUGUCUGUGCGCAGCCCUUUCUUCCUAUGUGAGAGCUUGUGCUGCAAGAGGAAUCCUAAUAGAUGGAUGGAGGACUGAUGUCUGUUCAAAGUACACCACCUCAUGUCCCAAAUCCCUAAGUUACAGCUAUACCAUUGAUUCCUGUCAACCCACUUGUCGCUCUCUGAGUGAGCCUGAUGUCACAUGCAACAUCAAGUUUGUCCCAGUUGAUGGCUGCACCUGUGUAAAUGGAACCUACAUGGAUGAAAGUGGUAAAUGUGUGCCUGCUAAUGAAUGCCCCUGCUACUACCGAGGAUCUCCCAUACCACUUGGAGAAGUUGUCCAUGAAAAUGGGCUUGUAUGCACUUGCCUCCAGGGAAGACUGAAUUGCAUUGGAGCACCCGAUCAAAUUCCAGUUUGCGAACCUCCCAUGUUCUACUUAGACUGUGGAAACAACACAGCAGGAACAACUGGGGCAGAGUGUCAGAAAAGCUGUCAGACUCUGGAUAUGCAGUGUUAUGGCACACAGUGUGUAUCUGGCUGUGUGUGCCCAUCUGGGCUUGUGUUAGAUGGGAAGGGUGGUUGUAUUCCUGAAGAGGAAUGUCCAUGUAUUCACAAUGGAGCCAUGUAUCAACCCGGGGAAAAGAUCAAUGCUGACUGUAAUACUUGUGUGUGCAAGAAUCGGAUGUGGGAAUGCACCAAAAAACAAUGUCUGGGUACGUGUGCUGUUUAUGGAGACGGACAUUAUACCACCUUUGAUGACAAAAGGUUCAGCUUCAAUGGAAACUGUGAAUACACACUAGUCCAGAACCACUGCGGGAAUAGUGACACAGUGAAUGGGACCUUCCAGGUUAUCACUGAAAACAUUCCCUGUGGCAGCACUGGGACAACUUGCUCAAAAUCUAUCAAAGUUUUCAUAGAGCACUAUGAACUGAUACUCAGUGAGGAGCAUGUCAGUGUAAUUAAGAGAGGACAAGAUGCUGAAGUACCAUUCACAGUCCGCUAUAUAGGUAUGUACACAGUGAUUGAUACCACCAGUGGACUGAUCCUCAUGUGGGACAAGAAAACCAGCAUCUUCAUCAAGCUGAGCCCGGAAUUUAAGGGCCAGAUCUGUGGCCUCUGUGGAAAUUAUGAUGGCAAUGGCAUCAAUGACUUCACUACAAGGAGUCUGUCUGUAGUGGAGAAUGUCCUAGAGUUCGGAAACAGCUGGAAAGUAUCCUCCACAUGUCCUGAUGCUAACUUUGUAAAGGACCCAUGCUCUACCAACCCUUAUCGAAAGUCCUGGUCAGAGAAGCAGUGUAGCAUCAUCAACAGCGAUGUCUUUGCUGCCUGCCACUCACAGGUUGAGCCAGCAAAAUAUUAUCAAGCAUGUGUGACAGAUGCUUGUGCCUGUGACACUGGAGGAGACUGUGACUGCUUUUGCACAGCAGUAGCUGCCUAUGCUCAAGCAUGUAAUGAAGUUGGUGUCUGCAUAGCCUGGAGAACCCCAUCAAUCUGUCCACUGUUCUGUGAUUACUAUAAUCCACAAGGAGAAUGUGAAUGGCACUAUAAGCCCUGUGGAGCCUCCUGUAUGAAGACCUGUAAGAACCCAAGUGGGAAAUGCCUCCAUAACUUGCCAGGGCUAGAAGGCUGCUACCCCAACUGCCCACCAGACAAGCCAUAUUUUCACGAGGAUCAGAUGAAGUGCGUCAGUCUCUGUGACUGUUAUGAUAAUGAGGAUGGGAAGAUAUAUAUGCGGGAUAAAUGUCAGUCAUGCGAGUGCACAUCAGAAGGUUUACAGUGCAAGUUUGAUGAUAAAGCAUGUUACUGCAUAUACGAAAACAACACCUAUAAAUAUAAUGAACUCAUCUACAACACUACAGAUGGAAGUGGAUGGUGUUUCCGUGCAACAUGUGAUGUUAAUGGAACAAUAAACAGAAAUAUAUUUGCAUGUGGAAUCACAACCCCAACUACCACGUUUGUAUUUUCUACCACUCAACCUACAACAGCAAUGACAACCACAACAACAGCAAAAACUGUAUGCGUGAAGUACAUAUGUGAGUGGUCAGAAUGGUACGAUGGGACACAGCUUGAGAAUGAAGAGGAAACAUUUCAGAACAUCGCAGAAAUAGGAAAAAGCACUUGUAAUGACACGAGAAGCAUAGAAUGCAGAGUACACGAACACUCAGAUAAGACAAUAAACUAUAAUAACCAAAAAAUACAAUGCAAUAAAACCACUGAAUUGGAAUGCAAUAGCAAAGAUAACAAAUGCCACAAUUAUCAAAUCAGAGUACUAUGCUGCAAUUAUAAAUCAUGUUCAGACCUACAAACAACAACUCCAAGACAAACAGAACAAACAAUAUCUACAGCAAGAGAAACAACAGUGAUUACAGUACAGACAAUAACAAAACCAACAACAACAAUAAUAAUAACCAACCAACAAGAAAAAGAAACAGCAACAGUAUCAACAACAACCAGCAGUACCAGAACCACCACGACCACUCCUCCUGUACCUGGGAGUACAACCACCAUCAUCACCACUACACCCACUGUGCCCAGCUCGCCCACCACUACUUUCACCACUGGUCCUUGUUACUGCACCUCCAAGGCCAACUCCAGGCUGCACUUGACAUUCUGGUCCAAGCUCUCCAGGCUCCUCUCAGGGUAG